AAAUAUACGUAUCAAAAACAAAAUCUUCAAACAGUAAAAGUCACUCUCAUUAAAAACAUAGUUUAUGCUUUCCAACAUGGACGCACUCAUAGGUAUACUAUCUCAAAAGCAUGGCUGUGUAUUCUAACGUUAUUCUUUAAGUGUAUAAAAACAUCAGUUUCGUCGUAAAGUAAAGAAAGACAAUGGAACACAGUAAAAUAUUUUUCAAGAAUCGCGCAUUAGGAUAUGUCAGUAAUCACAUUCCUCUUAUAACAAGAUAUAUUACAAGGCGAAAAGACAAUCUUAUAAUAACAUGCGUCGGUGAUACGUUUCUUACGUACAGCUGUACACAUUUCACGCUUCUUAACGUAUCAAAAACGCAUCCAGGCGAAAUUACAUGUCUCGCGGGAGACCCUUAUCACACUUUUACAGCAUGUGGAAAAGAAAUAUACGCUUGGCGGAGAGGAGGAGAAUUAAGACAUACUUAUAAAGGACAUGACUACACAGUGCAUAUUCUGUUACCUUUUGGUCUUUGUUUAGUAUCUAUUGAUGAGAACAACAUUGUUAAACUGUGGAAUAUUAAUACAGAAGAGCUGAUAACAGAACUUGAUUUCAGUGACAAACAUUUCAAAAUUACAACAAUAAUACAUCCUAACACCUAUAUAAACAAAAUAUUACUUGGAAGUGAACAAGGUCAACUGCAGUUAUGGAAUUUAAGAGUUCUAAAAUUAAUUUACACGUUUAAAGGCUGGAAUACACCAGUAACUGCACUUGAACAGGCACCUGCAAUAGACGUUGCAGCAAUAGGUUUAAGAGAUGGAAGAAUUAUAUUACAUAAUUUGAAGCUUGAUGAAACACUUUUUGAAUUAGUACAAGAUUGGGGUUGUGUAAUAUCCAUUAGUUUCCGAACAGACGAGCAUCCGAUAAUGGCCACAGGAAGUUUAGAGGGUCACAUUGUAUUUUGGAACUUAGAACAACGUAAAGUAGAAAGCCAACUCCUUAAAGCUCAUUCUAAGGGUGUAACAGGACUAAAAUAUUUACCCAAUGAACCAUUGUUAGUAUCUUCUUCUUCCGACAAUUCUAUAAAGUUAUGGAUAUUUGACUUAGCUGAUGGAGCUGGAAGACUUUUAAGAAUUAGAGAAGGUCAUUCAGAACCUCCUAAUAUUGUUCGUUUUUAUGGAGAUGAAGGUAACAAUAUAUUAACAGCUGGAAAUGAUUCUUCUUUGAGGAUGUUUUCCACAAUUACUGAAAUGUUGAAUAGAAGCUUUGGAAGAGCAUCAUUCAACAGAAAAGCUGCAAAGAAAAGAGGAAGACUUAUUGAGGAUCCUUUAUUAAUGCCACCAAUUACUAAUUUUGCUAUAGAGUCAACAAGAGAAAAAGAAUGGGAUAACAUUGCAGCAACACAUUCUGGUUUGGGUACAGUCACUACUUGGUCUUCUAAUAAGACAAAAAUGGGAGAACACAAAUUAAUCCUAGAAAAGUUUAAAAGCAAUCGUAACAUUAUUGCAACUUGUGUAUGUAUAACAAAAUGUGGAGAUUUUGUUGUUAUAGGAUAUAAUAGUGGCCAUGUAGAAAGAUUUAAUAUACAAUCAGGAAUUCACAGAGCUAGCUAUGGUACUAAUAAAGGAGCACAUCAAGGUCCUGUGAAAGGUGUAAUGGUAGAUCUUUUAAAUCAAAUUGUAAUCACUGCUGGCACAGAUGCAUUUAUAAAGUUUUGAAGAUUUAAACCAAAAGCAGGAGAUACUGAACCAGUAACAAAAGUGAUAUUGGAUGAACCAGUUGAAUGGUUACGAUAUCAUAAUGAUAGUUCCCUUAUAGCUGUAGCAUUGGAAGAUUUUACUAUUAUAUUAGUAGAUCUUGACACUAAAAGAAUUGUUCGACGUUUCGAAGGACAUCAAGCGCGAUUAACAGACGCAUGUUUUAACCCUGACUCUAGAUGGCUAGUAACAGCAUCUAUGGAUUGUACAAUUCGAAUAUGGGAUAUUCCUUCCUCUAAUUUAAUAGACAUUUUUCGGGUAUAUAUAAUAUAUGUUAGUAAAACUUAAUUAUUGAUCUAAUUUAAAAAUAUUAACUGAAUGUAACGUUUUAGGUACCAGAAGCAUGCACGUCAUUAAGUUUUUCACCUACUGGUGAAUUUCUUGCUACAAUACAUGUAUGUAACUUAGGUAUAUACUUAUGGUCAAACCGUACCUUGUAUUCCCACAUUUCUUUGAAAGGAGUAAACAAAGACGAUCCGAUUCCAACGAUUGGUCUACCUGGCUCAAUAAUAGAAGUUACUGAUAUUAAUGAAGAUGAACUUACUGAACCAGAAUUGGAUUAUGUUUCUCCGGCACAACUUCAGGAGGAUCUUAUUACAAUGUCCGGUUUACCACACUCGAGGUGGCAGAAUUUGUUAAAUAUCGAUAUCAUAAAAAAAAAGAACAAGCCGAAAGAACCGCCAAAGGCAUCGGAGAGUGCACCUUUCUUUCUACCAACGAUUCCAUCUUUAGAAUUGAAAUUUGACCUUUCGGGUGUUAAAGAUACCGAAGUCAAUAAGAAACUGAUUAUUCAUCCUGAGUUACAAAAUCUUACUUUGUUUGCCAAAUCCUUACUGUCUAUAAAAGAUUCACAAUUUGAAGAAGUUAUUAAAAAAUUAAAAAAUUAGUCGA